CCCUAAGCAGCCUCUGUGCUGGGCGUAGAGCUGGGGCUUUGGGAAAAGAGGAAGCGGCCCCCGAGACCAUGUUCUUCUCUUGGAGCAGCUGAGCUCUGGGUGCAGCUGCUCCGGGCUCCUGCUCUCCUCCCCGUUCUCUCUGCCGGUGCACCAGCCCAUCAGCCACUUCCUCCUGUGGAGCAGUAGCAGGGGGCACAGAGAGCUGCAGCACCCCGAGCUGUCCCAAGGAGGCCCUGGGCGCCCAGCCAGCCUCUUGGACAUGAGAACCAGCGGAGAACCUGCCAUGGGCUUCCUGCUCCAGCUGCUCCUCCUGGUCUUGCUCUUCCCACCAGGCCAGACCUCAUGGGGCGUCUCCAGUCCCAAGACUGUGCAGGGCGUGAAGGGGUCUUGUGUGCUCAUCCCCUGCAUCUUCAGCUUCCCUGCGGACGUGCAGGUGCCCAACGGCAUCACGGCCAUCUGGUACUAUGACUAUGCAGGCCAGCGGCAGGUGGUGACCCACUCCGCGGACCCCAAGCAGGUGGAGGCGCGCUUCCAAGGCCGUGCCCAGCUGCUGGGGAACAUGGAGCACAAGGUAUGCAACCUGCUGCUCCGGGACCUGCAGCUCGAGGACUCGGGCACCUACAACUUCCGCUUCGAGAUCAGCGAGGGCAACCGCUGGUCGGAUGUCAGAGGCACCUCGGUCUCCGUGACGGAGGAGCCUAUUGCGCCCACCAUCACCUCCCCCCAAGAGCUGCGUGAGGGCAUGGCCGUGGACUUCAACUGCUCCACGCCCUACGCGUGCGUGGAGGAGAAAGUCAGCCUGCAGUGGCAGGGUCAGGACAACACCCACUCCGUCAUUUCCAACCACCAGCGGCUCGAGCCCACUGGCAUUAUUCACCUGGAGACCCUCCACACGGCUCUGACCUGGCAGGACCACGGCCGGAGCCUGCGCUGCCAGCUCUCACUGGCCGGACACAGGGCGCAGGCAGAGAUCCUCCUUCGUGUGCAGUACGCUCCCAGGGGCGUGGAGGUCCUGCUCAGCCCCUCGGGGCGGAACAUCCUUCCAGGUGAUCUGGUCACGCUCACCUGCCAGGUGAACAGCAGCUACCCCGAGGUGAGCUCCGUUCAGUGGACCAAGGACGGGGCUCAACUGGAGGCCAGGAGUCGCGUGCUGCAGUUGUCCCAGGUGGCCUGGAGCGAUGCCGGCAUCUACACCUGCCAAGCUGGGAACGGCCUGGGUUCUUCUGUCUCACCCCCUGUCAGCCUUCAUGUGUUCAUGGCUGAGGUCCAGGUGAGCCCGGCAGGCCCCAUUGUGGAGAAGCAGACAGUGACGCUGGUGUGCAACACACCCAGAGAGGCCCCCAGCGAGCUCCGCUACAGCUGGUACAAGAACCACGUGCUGCUGGAGGAUGCCCACACUUCCACGCUCCUGCUGCCCUCGGUCACCAGGGCCGACACCGGCUUCUACUUCUGCGAGGUGCAGAACACCCACGGCCGCGAGCGCUCUGGCCCCGUCAGCGUGGUGGUCCGCCACCCGCCCCUCGCCCCAGAGCUGACUUCCUUCCUGGAGAUGCAGACAGGGCUCGUGGGCAUCCUCCACUGCUCUGUGGUCAGUGAGCCCCUGGCCACCCUGGUGCUGUCACACGGGGGCCUCAUCCUGGCUUCCACCCCUGGGGAGAGUGACCCCGGCCCCCGCUUCAGCGUCUCCUCUUCUCCCAACUCCCUGCGCCUGGAGAUCCGAGACCUGGAGCCGGCCGACAGUGGGGAGUACGAAUGCUCGGCCACCAAUGCCCUGGGAAAUUCUACCUCCGUGCUGUACUUCCAUGCCAAUGCGGCCCGCCUCCUCAUCAGCCCAGCAGCCCAGGUGGUCGAAGGGCAGGCGGUGACUCUGAGCUGCAGGAGCGGCCUGCCAUCCACACCUGACACCCGCUUCUCCUGGUACCUGAAUGGGGCCCUGCUUAGCGAGGGGCCCAGCAGCAGCCUCCUGCUCCCCGCCGUCUCCAGCUCCGACGCCGGCUCCUACCACUGCCGGGCCCAGGACGGCCACAGCGCCAGCGGCCCCUCCUCGCCCGCUGUCCUCACGGUGCUCCACCCCCCACGUCAGCCCACGCUCACUGCCCGGCUAGACCUCGGCACUGCUGGAGCCGGGGCUGCACGGCGAGGCCUCCUGUCAUGCCAGGUGGACAGCGACCCCCCUGCCCAGCUGCGGCUGCUCCACAAGGACCUUGUGGUGGCCACCUCCCUGCAGCUGGAGGGUGGCUGCAGCACCUGCUCCCAGCGCGUAACAGUCACCAAAGCUCCCAACCUGCUGCGAGUGGAGAUUCACAACCCCGUGCUGGAGGACGAGGGCGUGUACUUGUGUGAGGCCAGCAACACCCUGGGCAACGCCUCAGCCUCCACCUCCUUCAAUGCCCAGGCCACAGUCGUGGUCAUCAGACCAUCGGACACACUGCAGGAGGGUGCAGAGGCCAACCUGACGUGCAACGUGAGCCGGGCAGCCUCCAGCAGCCCUGCCAACUUCUCCUGGUUCCGGAACGGGGAGCCAUGGGCUCAGGGUCCACUGGAGACAGUGACGCUGCUGCCGGUGGCCCGAGCCAACGCUGCCCUCUACGCCUGCCGCAUCCUCAUGGAGGCCGACACCUACUUGUCGGCUCCCGCGGUCCUGACUGUCGUCUAUCCCCCAGACCCUCCAAAGCUGUCAGCCCUCCUGGACGUGGACCAGGGCUACAUGGCCGUGUUUGCCUGCACCGUGGACAGUCGUCCCCUGGCCCAGCUAGCCCUGUUCCAUGGGGAGCACCUCCUGGCUGCCAGCCUGGGACCCCAGCUUCCAUUCCAUGGCCGACUCCAGGCCAAGGCCACGGCGAACUCCUUGCAGCUGGAGGUCCGAGAUCUGGGCCUUGGGGACUCUGGAAGCUACCGCUGUGAGGCCACAAAUGCUCUUGGAUCAGCCAACGCCUCACUCUUCUUCCAGGUGCGAGGAGCCUGGGUCCAGGUGUCACCAUCGCCCGAGCUCCAGGAGGGCCAGGCCGUGGUCCUGAGCUGCCAGUUACCCACGGGGAUCCCUGACGGGACCUCAUACCGCUGGUAUCGGGAUGGCCAGCCCCUCCAGGACGCGAGCUCGGCCACGCUCCACUUGGCAGCCAUCACUCCGACACAAGCUGGAGCCUACCACUGCCAAGCCCAGGCCCCAGGCUCGGCCACCACGAGCCUGGCUGCCCCUGUCGUCCUCCACGUGUCCUAUGCCCCACGCCAGGCCACGCUCACUGCUCUGAUGGACACAGGCCCUGGGCGAAUGGGCCUCCUCGUGUGCCAUGUGGACAGUGACCCUCCGGCCCAGCUGCGGUUGCUCCAUGGGGACAGCCUGGUGGCCUCCACUGUCCAAGGCGUGGGCAAGCUUGCGAGCAGCUCUCCCCGGCUGCAGGUGGCCGUGGCCCCCAACACACUGCGCCUGGAGAUCCACGGGGCCGGGCUGGAGGACGAGGGCAUCUACACCUGUGAGGCCACCAGCACCCUGGGCCAGGCUUCCGCCUCGGCCAACUUCGAUGCACAGGCUGUGAGCGUGCAGGUGUGGCCCAAGGCCACUGUGCAGGAGGGGCAGCUGGUGAACCUGACCUGCCUCGUAUGGACCUCCCGCCUGGCCCAGCUCACCUACACGUGGUAUCAGGAUGGGCAGCAGCGCCCAGGUGCCCGCUCCAUCCUCCUGCCCAGUGUCACAGUCACCGACGCUGCUUCCUACCGCUGCAGUGUGGAGUCCCUUGGCGGGGCACCUCGCCUCUCCAGACCUGUCACCCUGGAUGUCCUCCACGCCCCCCGCAGCCUGCACCUGACCUACCUCCUGGAAAGCCAUGGUGGGCAGCUGGCCCUGGUACUGUGUACUGUGGACAGCCGCCCACCUGCCCAGCUGACCAUCAGCCGCGCUGGCCGCCUCCUGGCCUCCUCCACCCCAGCCUCAGUCCCCAACACCCUGCGCCUGGAGCUGCGGGAGCCCCGGCCCAGUGACGAGGGUCUCUACAGCUGCUCGGCCCAGAGCCCUCUGGGCCAGGUCAACGCAUCCCUGGAGCUGCGCCUAGAGGGCGUCCAGGUGACUCUGGUCCCGUCGGCCAGUGUGCCCGAGGGGACUCCAGUCACAGUGACCUGUGAGGACCCCACCGCUCGCCCACCCACCCUCUACGUCUGGUACUACAAUGGUCGUUGGCUACAGGAGGGGCCAGCUGCUUCACUCGCCUUCCCUGUGGCCAUGCGGACUCACGCAGGGGCCUACUCCUGCCAGGUCCAGGAUGCGCAGGGCACACGCAGCUCGCGGCCUGUGGCCCUGCAAGUUCUCUAUGCCCCUCGGGACGCUGUCCUGUCCUCCUUUUGGGACUCCAGGGCUGGUCCCAUGGCCGUGGUACAGUGCACAGUGGACAGUGAACCACCUGCUGAGCUGGCCCUGUCCUGUGAUGGUAAGGUGCUGGCCACCAGCCAUGGGAUGAAUGGCUCAGCAUUGGAGAUGGGCCAUGUCCAGGUGGCCCGCAACGCCCUGCGGCUGCAGAUGCAAGAUGUGCCCGUAGGUGACAACGGCACCUAUGUCUGCACAGCCCACAACCUGCUGGGCUCAGCCAGCACCACCGGACAGCUGCAGGCCACAGGUGUACAUGUGGUGGCUGAACCAGGCCUGGAGAUGCCUGAGGGCGCAGCACUGAAUCUGAGCUGCCACCUCCUUGGUGGCUCCAGGCCUGUGGGCAACUCCACCUUCACAUGGUUCUGGAAUGGUCGGCCCCUCCAGGUGGAGCCCCUGCCCAUGCUCACCUUCAGCCACGUGGCCCGCGCCCAGGCUGGCCUGUACCACUGCCGGGCAGAACUCCCCACGGGGACUGCAGCCUCUGCUCCAGUCAUGCUCCAUGUGCUCUACCCUCCCACCACACCCACGCUGACGGUCUUCGUGGAGCCCGAGGGUGGCCUCCAGGGCAUCCUGGACUGCCGAGUGGACAGUGAGCCCCCCGCCAGCCUGAUCCUCCACCUUGGCAGCCAACUGGUGGCCUCCAGCCAGCUGCGGAGUUCCCCUGCCCAGGGGCACCUCCGCAUCUUGGCCUCUCCCAACGCGCUGAGGAUGGAAGUGGAGGAGCUGCAGCCCAGCGACCAGGGGGAGUAUGUAUGCUCUGCCUCCAAUGCCCUGGGCUCCAGCUCUGCCUCCGCCUACUUUGGGACCAGAGCUCUGCACCACCUGCGCUUGUUCCAGCAGCUUCUCUGGGUCCUGGGACUGCUGGCGGGCUUCUUUGGUCUGCUGUUGGGCCUUGGGACCUGCUAUGUCUGGAGAAGUGACUGGGGAGGAAGAAAGAUAAAAUGCCCCACUGCCCUCAGGGCUCCCCCGUUGUGUACAGACAAGGCGUUCUCAUCAGCUGAGCCGGGGCAAGAACUUGGAGAUGGCAUCUCAGAAAGACAACACACAGCUGUUUGAUCCUGAUGCAUCCUCCUGUGGGACCUCGUGCAGUGCUCCACUCCUAGGCUGAGCAGGAGGAGGAAGUGGCCACACCAGAGCUGACUCGGGCCCCGGGCAUGUGAACAAGGCACCCGCCUACCUCUGCACAAAGAGCACUGUGAUUUCUGCCUCUCUGUGACCUGACUCUGAGCCUCUGGCCCCCAAGAAAAGUGGGGGAGGUGACAGGAGGGAGUGAGCCCCAGUCUCCGAGGGGCACGUUGUUGACGCUGGGGGCCUCUGAGGAGAACGGAAUCCAUCAUGUUGUCUCUCUCCUCUGGGCCUCUCCUGCAAGCAGGCACUGCCCCUUCAUGCCUUUUCCUCACCCUGGAUGUCUGGGAUGGUUUGGAACAGAAGGGGAGAAGGCCGCGGGCUCGCAGACCUACCUCCUCUGUGCUGGACACAGUCUAGGUCAGGCUGCUCUCAUCGGAGACCAAAUACAAUGC